CGACGUUUUAUCAUUUGCCCCUCAGACUUUGCCUUCUUCCCUUUUGGCCUCUUUCUCAUUCGAUCACCGGAGCUUCAUCUCUCUCUCCGACGCUUCUUCAAUCGGAUCUGGGUUUUGAGAUUGAAUUCUAGGGUUUCGUGAAGAUGCCGGCCACCGCAGGAAGAGUUCGUAUGCCAGCGAACAACCGUGUUCAUAGUAGUGCGGCGCUUCAGACUCACGGGAUAUGGCAGAGUGCGAUUGGUUACGAUCCUUACGCACCGACGAGCAAAGAGGAGCCGAAGACGACUCAGCAGAAAUCCGACGAUCCCGAGAACUCGUACGCGAGCUUUCAGGGACUUUUGGCUCUUGCUCGUAUCACUGGAUCGAACAAUGAUGAGGCUCGUGGGUCGUGUAAGAAGUGUGGCCGUGUUGGGCACUUGACGUUUCAGUGUAGGAACUUUUUGAGCACUAAGGAGGAUAAGGAGAAAGAUCCUGCUGCGAUUGAAGCUGCUGUUAUGUCGGGGUUAGAGAAGAUUCGAAGCCGUGUUGGUAGAGGUGAGGUGAAGGAGGAAGAGAGUAGUGAAGAGGAAGAGGAGAGUGAGAGUUCUGAUUCUGAUGUUGAUUCUGAGAUGGAGAAGAUUAUAGCUGAGAGGUAUGGGAAGAAGAGUGUAAAGAAGACGACGAGUUCUUCUUCUCUGAGGAAUAAGAAGAAGAAGGAGAAGAAGAAGCGUGUUUCCGAUGAUGAUGAAUCUGAUUCUGAUUCAGGGGAGAGGAAGAGAAGACGGAGGUCGAAGAAGCGGAGAGUGCAUAAGAGGAGGAGUUUGAGUGAGUCUGAGGAUGAGGAAGAAGGAAGGAGUAAGAGAAGAAAGGAGAGGAGAGGGAGGAAGAGAGAUGAUGAUGAUGAUGAUGAUUCUGAUGAGUCUUCUGAUGACCGAAGACGAGUGAAGAGAAAGAGUAGAAAGGAGAAGAGGAGAAGGAGAAGCAGGCGUGAUUAUUCUGACUCAUCUGAUUCAGAUUCCUCUGAGGAUGAUGCAAGUGGUAGUAGAAGACAGAAGCGGAGGAACAAAGUUGCAGCUUCUUCUGACUCUGAUGUUUCAGGAGAUGAUGUUUCUCGCGUUGGAAGAGGUUCUUCUAAGCGGUCUGAGAAGAAGAGCAGGAAACGCCAUCACAGGAAAGACUGAAAAAGUAAAAGACCGGUUUUUUAAUUUGCUUCAUUUGCCAUUUUCACUCUCCAUUUAUCUUUCUAUAUCAGUCUAUGUACAAUGCUGAAUGAUGAAAAAACUCAGCUUAUGGGAUUUGAUAUCGUGUUGGAGUGUCUUGUGGUCUGUUUGUUUCAAGAAUGUAUUACUGUUAAGAAAGUGGUGUUAAUUGUGAGUCUUUUAACUCUUGUUGCUUCAAGAUUGAGUUAAGAUUUUGA